GUACAUUUUUAAACUCACCGAAUCCAUCCCAACACAUGAGGCUGUCUACUUGGUCAAAAUUUACCCCAAUCUUCAAUUUAAUGAACUCCAGCGCACAUUCAAAAAUGAGCCCAGAUGGUUUUUUUUUUUUUUUACUGAGAUUUUUUUUUCUUAUUUUCCUGGAAUUUCUGGUUUUGGGUUGAAAUGUGGAAAAACAACAACAAAUAAGAAGAGACAGUUAUGUGUCUAAAUAUGGACAUAAGUUAACUAGUUGGUAAGUUUUGCAGUAGUAAAAUUCCAUUUGGCAAAAACAACAAAAGUAAAACAGAGAAGAGAGAGAGGGAUAAAGGGUGGGGGUCCUCAGCAGUCCAAAGUGCAAGAUUAUGCCUCAAAGCCUGUCUUGAUAGGAAGAGAGAGAGUGAAGAAAGAGAAUCAGUAGUAAGAGAAGAAUGCCAAGCCAGAACGCCAAGAACUGGAACUGCUUCACUUAAUCUCUUAUAUCAUCAUCAUCAUCAUCAUCUCUUUCUCUUUGUAUCUUUUUCAUUCUUCAUUUACACAGAAGGGGCAGAAAAAAAAGAAAUAAAAGAGAGCCCAAAACACAGGUUUUUAUACACACACACACACACACACAAUACUAUCUAUCUAUAUAAAUUUAUAUAUAUAUAUAUAUUCUAUAUCUUAUAGAAAGGAAGAAAGGGGGACUGCUCUAUCUCUUCACAUAUUUCCAAUCAAGUCCCUUCCCAGCUAUCCAAUCCUGGAUCCGGUCCUGUGAAGACGUCUUCUGUGUCAGCCAAGGUCCUGAAAGAUCUUUCUUUUGGUUUGAUCCUUGAAGACAUGUUGGAGGAAAGGUCCUGUUUGGUUUCCAGGGACUAUCCAAGGACCUGCGAAAUUGAAAGCUGGGCCUGCAUGAAUUACAGGCUAGAAGUACUGCAUGUGAAGCGACCACUGGAAAAUGAAGGGGAGGAAGAAGAAACUGCCAGAAAGCUUUCUAAGCUCUCAGACGGCGAAGAAAGUAUACAAACGGUGCUUGCUUUUCGGGAUAUAUCUUUAUCCCCAGAAGAACAAUCUGAUAGUCAGCGACAAGCUGGAAGUAAUAAUGACACAAGUUCCCUGAUCUCUGCAAUUGGAAGAGAUAACUCAAUUAGCUGUCUAAUUCAUUGUUCAAGGUCAGAUUAUGGUGCAAUUGCAUCAUUGAAUAGGAGUUUUCGCUCCUUAAUUAGGAGCGGUGAGCUUUACAGAUUGAGGCGGCAGAAUGGUGUGGUUGAGCACUGGGUUUAUUUUUCCUGCCAGCUGCUCGAAUGGGAAGCAUUUGAUCCUUCUCGACGGCGUUGGAUGCAUUUACCAACAAUGAAUCCCAAUGAAUGUUUUGUCUUUUCUGACAAAGAGUCGCUUGCAGUUGGCACCGAGCUUCUUGUUUUUGGAAAGGAAGUGAUGGCUCAUGUCAUUUAUCGCUACAGCUUAUUGACAAACAACUGGACAUCUGGGAUGAGUAUGCAUGCACCGAGAUGUUUGUUUGGUUCUGCUAGCCUUGGUGAGAUUGCAAUUUUAGCUGGUGGUUGUGACUCUCAGGGAACUAUACUUAGUUCUGCCGAGCUGUAUAAUUCAGAAAUGGGAACUUUUACCUCACUUCCUAGCAUGAACAAACCACGGAAAAUGUGUUCUGGGGUAUUCAUGGAUGGAAAAUUUUACGUUAUUGGGGGUAUUGGUGGGACUGAAUCGAAGCUUCUCACAUGUGGUGAGGAGUAUGAUUUGGAAAAGAAGAUUUGGACCGAAAUACCGAACAUGUCCCCUGUACGAGCAGCUAGGGAUGCUGACACACCUGCUACAUCAGAAGCACCACCUUUGGUUGCAGUUGUAAAUAAUGAACUGUAUGCUGCUGAUUAUGCUGACAUGGCAGUGAGGAAGUAUGACAAACAGAAUAAGGAAUGGAAUACAGUUGGUAGGUUGCCAGAACGAGCCGAUUCAAUGAAUGGUUGGGGCUUGGCAUUUAGGGCCUGUGGCGACAAGCUCAUUGUAAUUGGUGGACCAAGAAACAUGGGUGAAGGCUUCAUCGAAGUCAACUCAUGGGCUCCGAGUGAAGGUCCACCGCAGUGGAACUUGCUUGGCCGAAAGCAAAGUGGAAGUUUUGUGUACAAUUGUGCUGUAAUGGGAUGUUGAGUAACUGGAUCAUGGUGGCACUAUGUGUACUUGAAUGGUGCCUUUGCUAACAGAUACAACAUUGGUUAAAUGGCACAGGAUUCUUGUUUAUGGGUAAUUAAUCCCAACUCUUUUUAAUCUGAUUUUUCCUAUUCCAAGUGGGGGGAGGAAGGAUAGGGGGGACUAGCAGAUUCUACUCAAGAUUCAACAGUAUGUUUUCUUUCGGAAGGAAAUCUUGAGCACAUUUUUCAUAGCUUCAAUCUAUAUUUUCUUUCCUUGGAAUUUUUUUACCCCAUUUUUAUUAACACAGGCAAAAGAGAUAGUUAAAUAACUUCACCGGAACAAUACAUUGGUAGGUUUCCUUUGGCAGUUGCUGGAGCUUUUCUGAAAAAUGAACAACUUUAGAAUGCUGGAGCUUUGUUAUCCUUAUUUGCUUCACUGUCUCCAAGGGGAGAGAAUAAGGAUGCUAGGUGGUUGUUCUCUGGGAGCAGGGCAUAUGUAUGUAUUACAUUUAUUUUUCGAAUUAAUGGGCUAUUCAGCCGAGCAAUUUGCUCUUUGUAACGUUUCCAUUGUUGUUUAUUUCUAGUAAACAGGUGUAUUACAAUUGCUCAACUUAUGGAGUUCUAGGUUCAUAUUGUUUUCUUUGAUUUCCCAGUGUAGCAUCACAGAAUUGAUGAUUGAUAAAUGGAAUCUCUGUAGAAACCAUUUCAUUGCAAUUCUUUUUAACCUUUUGAAGUGUGUUACUUUACUCUGGUUGUGAUUUAGCACGAGUACCAUCCUCCAUCUGUUGAUGAAUUGUUCAUUUGUGUUGGAAACUCUAGAAUUCUAUGGCAUGUCAAGUGGUAACCAUGGCCUGAACUUGAAAGUGGAUUUUUAUUUAUUUAUUUAUUAUUUCUUUCUGAUAUUGCAAGCUCAUGAGAAUUUAUUGACCUAUGCCGGAGUUCAGUGUCUGUUAGAGUGCAUGUAACUCUUGGGCAACUUCUUUUGCUUGAUUAGUGAUUAGUUUUAUCAUUAACUGUGUGAUUUGCAGUAGUUUAUUUUCAACCUUAUGGUUAUUGCAUGCACAGCUGUCUUUUGAGGAUCUUCUUGAAUGAUGUAUUUACAUCGCCUUGCUCCAUUUAGAGCUCAUAUUAGCUUGAUGGUUUAUUUUGAUUCAGAUCUUCUGAGGUGAUCAUAUCACAUCUGACAGUCCUUAAGAAUCCUGUUUGUGUUCAUGAAACUUCCAUUUCUUCAGUUGAUAUAUAUUGCAAAAGGUUUAAGAAUUGAACAGACAGUUGUCCUAGACAAGGAUAUCAUGGCACUGUGUUUAGUUGUUGACGUGGUUACUUAAUAAUAAGUUUCUACAUAGAAGGAACACUCCCCUCUGUAAGCAAGACUAAGACUGCUGUUACCAGUAAUUUUAGAGAACAUUUUUUAUUUUUUUUUAGCCAGUGAACUUGGAAGAGAUAUGGUAUCUGGGCCCUGCAGCUUUAGAAAGAAGUAUCUGUUAGGUAUCAGUUAAUUGUGAUUGGCAUGAAAAUUGAACUGGGUUCUGUCUAUUUGCAUUUCAUACAUUUUGGGAAUAAACCCCCCUGAGGAGGUAUCUAGUUUUGUUUCACUUGUUGAAUACGUGCCAAGUGCUACCUUCGCUGGUGCUUAGUCUGCUGAUUAUAUAUCUCUAUCAUAUCUGCUCGGGAAGAUUUGAGAUUUUGAAUCUAGGUUCUGCCCUUCUGUGGAUUGCAUGCUUGUUAGGUGUUAGGGACAUAUGUAUGAGAAAUGCUGACUGAUUGUGGUGAAGCAUGUCUGAUUAUACGCUGAAAAUGAUCAUUGUUCCUUCUUUUCUGUUCUGGUAUUUGACUCAUGUACUAUCAUGGUAUAGCAAGGCUGUCAAAUCUAUAACAAUACAUCCUGUCAGCUGUUAAACCGUAAUGCUCUCUUGGCUCAAGGUCAGGAUUUGCCAUCGUGAACCAUUUUUCUUUCGUUGUUCUUUCUGUUUCUAAAGACACUCUUAUGAAUUGCUUUGCUGGAGGAAGAGAUGUUCAUCUAUGGGAAAAACCCUUCUGUAACACUAAUGAUUGAGGGGAAAUAGUGAAUGUUGUUAAAUGGACCGAAUUAUGAUGGUUUCAUUUUAUGAGCUGGAACGAAUCGAUUAUGUGUCAUUAGUUGUGUGUGUGUGUGUGUGUGUGUGUGUGUGUGUGUGUGUGUGUGUAAUUAUAUAAGUAAUGGAGGUAUCAUUUUGAAAUUGGUUUAGUUCACACACAAGUGGAGAGGUGACUGGAUGAUGUGUAGUUCUCAUCAAUAUGCACAAGUUGUGUUUAUUCUAGUGCCAAUUCUUGCAACUUUUUUUCUGGUGUAACAAGACAGAUUCUUCCCAAUUCUCAAGUAAAAUGCUUUCACUCUCUUCCACCUUCGGUUCUCCAAGAAAAGGCAACACAAAAAGACAGAACCAAAAGGAAAAAAAAGUAGGGAAAAAGACCGAAUAUGCCUCACUAUGCCAUCUGAAGAAAACCGAACAUGACUAUAAUCGCAUUAAUAUUCACAUCGUCACACUUUUUGUUAGCUGCUAAAAAACAAAAGCCCAGUACAACAGGAUUAGGUUUUGCUCAAUCUCUUGAAAUGGACAGCUUUGAAUAAGUUGGGCCUAUUAGACUUCUUUGAAAAAAAUUGUUGGUGUUGCAUUUUUAAGCAACUUGAGAUUCAUCCAACUUCCAUCGAGAGCUUGG